GAAAGAAGAACAUGACAGCAGACCUUCAAGAACCUGGCAACGUUUUGCUCCCGUGGCGUCAUCACCAGAAUUCUUAUGGACUCAGGCGUCAAAAGCGAGAUUGGGUCAUCCCACCCAUCAACGUGCCAGAAAAUUCGAGAGGACCCUUCCCACAGCAGCUGGUUAGGAUUCGUUCAGACAAAGACAGUGAGAUCCAUAUAAGAUACAGCAUCACAGGGGUGGGAGCUGACCAGCCCCCUAUGGAAGUCUUCAACAUUGACCCCGUGUCAGGGAGAAUGUACGUGACCCGUCCAAUGGAUAGAGAAGAAAGAGCAUCCUACCAUCUUAGAGCACACGCCGUAGAUAUGAAUGGGAACAAAGUGGAGAAUCCAAUUGAUCUCUACAUUUAUGUGAUCGACAUGAAUGACAACAGGCCGGAAUUCAUAAACCAAGUCUAUAACGGAUCUGUUGAUGAAGGAUCUAAACCAGGAACCUACGUGAUGACAGUGACGGCCAACGAUGCUGAUGACGGCACCACAGCAAAUGGGAUGGUGAGGUACCGCAUUGUGACUCAAACACCCCAAAGUCCAUCCCAGAAUAUGUUUACCAUUAACAGUGAGACUGGAGAUAUAGUGACAGUGGCAGCAGGACUCGACCGAGAG